AUAGAGAUACCAAACAUUAAAUGAUGAUAAUAACAUCUAAUGACUUUAGAGUUUGUCUAUCUACCUUAAAAUUUGGUAUCCAAAACUUGUACUUUGGCCAGUUUACUUUAAGGGAACUUUGAGCAAAAGACAAGGCUGAGUUAGUGUUUGUUUAUCUAACAGUUGUGAAUCACCCAAGUUGUCCAUAUCUGAUUGGAUCAAGGACUGGGUACCCACUGUUUUUUGUUGUACAUAGACUCAUCCCCUGCAGUGGAGAGGAGAAGUUUUGUUGGAUCUUGGCUCUCUCAGCACUUAAAGUACAACAUGUUGCAGCUCAUGGGCAGUAUGGAUCAAAAAGAAGAAUAUUAGGCUGAAGUUUUCAGGUAAUGAUCAGGAGGGUUUUAACGUGAGCUGAAAAACAACCAUCUGCGUUUCUGCACCAGACGGGUGCUCACACCAACAAACAAACAGCAAGCCACAAACAGUCCUCAGGGUAAAAGACCCCAACAUUUUUUUUUUAGAGAGGAGAGGUAUCUACCUGAACAAUGCCUUGUCAUGUUAUCCCGCUGCUGCUGCUCCUGCUUCUCUCUUUGUUUGGAGUGUCCCAAGCCUGCAUGCAGGACCCUUCUUCAGCCUACAGAUUCACCGGAGUAGUCUGUCGCCUCACCUAUCCUGCAGCUGUUGUGUUGAACGAGAAAACCACCAAAGUGAUCGAGGCAGCGUUUCAACACGCAAGAUACCCUAGCGUAAAGGGAGAGAAAUCCCUGUUCUAUACAGGAAGAGUAUCAUAUGGCCUUGAAAAUUUGGAGAUUCACAACCUGUCGAUUGGUUGGAGUGAAUUUGAACUGCAUCCAGGUGAGGGCAUCAGCAUGAAAAUAAGCAACGUGUCUGCAGUUUUUAAAGGAACCAUCCAGUAUGGAUACGGCAGCUGGCUUCUUAACGUUGAAAAUUCACUUGACUUUGAAAUUGAGUCUCAAAUUGAUCUCGGACUCAACCCAAAACUUUACUGUGGAGAAGGGAAGGUAGCAGCAGACACAUCAGACUGUUAUUUGAACUUUCACAAGCUCCGUCUGCACCUGCAGGGGGACAAAGAACCGAACUGGCUGAAGAAGCUCUUCACUGACUUCAUCACUUUCACUGUUAAACUGGUCAUAAAAGGACAGAUUUGUAAAGAGAUCAACAAGGUGGCGAAUAUACUGGCUGACUUCAUCCAAGACACAGCAGAGCAGUUCCUCAGUGACGGAGACAUCAGUAUGGAUAUUGGUGUAACUGCUGCGCCUGUCAUCACAGAAAACUACAUUGAAUCAUACCACAAGGGGCUGACCAAAUACAAUAACGUCUCUGCUGUCAUCAAUGAUUCAGUUUUUCACCCAAGACAGCUUACUGAAAACAGGAUGCUCUACUUUUGGCUGUCAGACCAGGUCUUAAACCCACUGCUUAGUGCUGCCCACCAAGAUGGUCGUUUCCAACUCAACAUCUCUGGAGCAGAACUUAUUGACCCUUUCAAGACAGAGCUCUUCAGUGCUAUGCCUGAAUUUAUUACAAAGUGUUUGAUGGAAUCAGGUUCUCCUGAGCUGAGAGUGUGGAGUUCAUCUGUUCCCUUCCUCAACACCUCCACCUUGGGUACAACCAUCUGGGUGACGGCCACAGGGCAGCUCCAGUGUGGGAGUCAAGGCACACCAACACUCUACUUUCAAACGGAAGUGGUCAUAGAUGUCAUAGCUUCUUACGCUGACAAGAGACUCUUCCUGAAGGAGAACUCUACAAAUGUCUCUGUACUCCAAGUUGAGCUGUCAUUAGAAAAUAAACAGCUGCUUGAUGAGACAUGUCUGGUAUUCAUUAAAGAAGCAGUGGAGAGGAUAGGCAUUCCCAAGGUUCUGUCAGUUCUUGAGAUGGAGCUAACCAGAGUCCUGGACAAACAGGGAACUAACUUAUUUGACAUCUAUAACCCAGAAGUGCGUCCGCAGGAUGGCUUUGUGGUGAUUCAGAUGGAUUUUGGUUUCCCUCAUCACCUUCUCGUUGAGUUCCUCAAGAAGACUUUACAGUAGUGGCACAUUUGACCAGAUUUGUUUUUAUUGACUAGCAUUGGAGUGAGUCUUGAAUAGAAAUGUACAUGCACGCAUCCACCUAUAUCUUGAUUUUUUGUUUCUAAAAACUUUCUGUAUUGCUGUAUUAAAAACAGAUAAAAGCAAGGGGAAAA